AAUACGCGACUCAUCCCCUACUUGUUUCCCCGUCCUGCUCGUCCUCCGCACAUCCACAUCUCGAACCAGAAACCUCAACUCCUAAUCGCAGUGAACUGCCAGGGCCGUUCGAGCUCGAGGUUAGCGGCAGCGAUGGGGAUCGCCGGAUCGACCAGCCGCCCAUCAAAAGGAAGAGAGGGAGGCCAGCCUGUUCCCGGCCUGCCAACACCCAGAUGGAGCAGAAGAUGGCAUUGGUCAAGGAUGACGAUUACCAGCCGAUGGAUAAUGAGCUCCCUGUUGUUGUCACGCACCAACCUGGAGCAAUUCCUUGUGGUGACGACGACGACGAGGUUAUUCCCAUAAAAAUUGUGAGGCCAAGGAGAGUGCGAAGAAAGCUUCCUGGUGUUCCUCAAACUGACGGUGCCAAGCGCAUUAGCAAGGGCAUCCAUACAAUUACUGGAGAAUCUGAUGUUGAUGGCCGUCAGAUACAUGCAAGUGUGGACGACAACUGGGAAUCUGCUAUGUCUAGAGCUCAGGAGAUACGGGCCAAAUUACCUGUAGAAAAUCCUAGCUUUGUCAAGCAUAUGUUACAAUCUCAUGUCGUCAGAGGUUUUUGGCUGGGUUCCAGCAGCAGGCCCGAUGGUGCAAGGAUGAUUUGGAAGAAGUUCUGGGCGUUGCCGAUACCGCAGAAGGUGAAGAUUUUUGCCUGGCGACUUAUUCAUAAAGGACUGGCCACAAGGGAUAAUAAAACAUGCUCGUCGAUUGGAAGAGCAAAAUAUUUGUGAGGUGUGCGGUAUGGAGGUGGAGGAUGAACAUCAUGCAGUGAUUCGCUGUAAUCUUGCAACAUUUCUCAGGACUGAAAUGCGCAAGGUUUGGCUUCUACCAGGAGAGGAAGCACUGGUAAAUACGGGCCCUGAGUGGGCUGCUGGAGUUGAUUGACAAUCUUGAUGGCCAAUGGGCUGGGCGUCUUCUACUACUCCUGAGGAGAUUAUGGUUUAAUCGCAAUGAAGUAACACAUGGAAAAACUGACUCCUUGCUUGGGUCAGUAAAAUUCCUCACAAACUACAGCGACGAAUUGUUUGCUAUCCAACGACAGGGAGUAACUGAUGUGAAGGGGAAGAAGCCUGUUCACCCUAUGCUGAUCAGUAGGAGUGAUGGGCCAAGAAGGAAGGAGAAGCAUUCUUGGGAACCUCCUAAGCUGGGCUGGUUAAAAGUCAAUGUCGAUGGUUCUUUCACGGAGGCAACUGGCACCGCCGGAUUGGGGAUUGUAAUCCGGGACCAUCAAGGAGAUGUAAAACUGUCUGCUUGGAGAGUGAUCUCUAGAGCAAUCGAUGCAGAGGAAGUAGAAGCCAUGGCGUGUAGGGAAGGCUUGAAUCUGGCAGCUGAAUGGUUCCGGAUGCCGAUUGUUCUUGAGUCGGAUUGUGUAAUGGUCAUUCGUUAUCUUAAGGAGUGGAGGACUUUGAAACCAGCAUGUUUCUCUACUAUCCAAGAGGCUGUCAGAAUAGCAAAAAGCCUCCCUGACCUCGAGUUGUGUCAUGUAAAGAGAGAGAGAAAUGGUGUAGCAAAUGAGCUUGCGCAUCUAGCGAAGCGGUUAAACCAUAGUGCUGUGUGGCGCAAUCGCUUGCCUAGGUGUGUUGAGCAGAUCAUUGCUCAUGAUUGUAACUCGUUUGUGAGCAACUAAUAUAGAUCUCUCUUUACUCGCAAAAAAAAUAAGCCA